UUGAAAUCGCAAAAUCAGUACAAUAAUUCACGGAUACUAGCUAAAUGCCUGAACAAGAAGCUCAUUCUAUUGCUAUCAACUCGUUCAAUUUGAACCACCAGGAUUACGACACUUUCCGUCCUUCUUUCAAAGAAGAACUUGUGAACCCAUUCUUGGUUCAAUUGGGCUUAGGUGAGCAUGACAGUGCUACCAACAAAUUUACUUUCGACACAGAAAAGACUAUCGUAGAGAUCGCAGCUGGAACUGGUAAAUUCACCAGAAAUUUGGUUUCUAACGGCUGGGAUAAUUCCAAUGCUAAAAACACAAAUAACUUGAUUAUUGUAGAGCCAAGUAAGGGAAUGUUGGAAUCGUUUAAGAAGAAUUUUCCUCAGAUCAAGAAGGAAAAUAUUCACCAGGCUGCUUCGUACCAGCUUCCUCUUGCCGAUAAUUCUGCUGAUGCGGUAAUUAUUGCUCAGGGGUUCCAUUGGUUCAGUGACUCUGCCAGCUUGAAGGAAAUUGCCAGGGUUCUUAAACCAACUGGUAAGCUUGGUUUGAUUUGGAAUCUCGACUAUGCCUCAAAGAGUCAAAAUACACCUAUAGAAAAAUCAAAGUUCUACGAUGGUGGGUCUUACUAUUACAAAGAUAUUGAUUUUUCAAAAUACAAGACAGUCGAGGAAUUAUUGUCAGAUUACGUCGCCAACCAACCUUGGUCCAAGAAAGUCACUGAGCUCAUCUACCAGUAUGAUCUUGGAGUUCCUCAAUACCGUCAUGGAAAGUGGAGAGAUAUCCUUGAAAAGGGAGGCAAUGAAUACUUCUCUCCUAUCGAAGUUGAAUUAUUUGUGUUGUACGACAAGUUGAUUGCUGCCGAGGAUGUGUACAAGUACUGGGAAACCAGAUCGUAUAUCACUGAAUUGAGUGAGAGACAGAAGGCUAAAAUUAAAGAAGAUGUGGAAGCUAUCUUGAAAGAUUACGCUGGUAAAGCUAGUAGACCAUUUUCUGAUGAUGGUGACGAAAGACUUUUGAAGCCAAUGGGAACUCAUGCCAUUGUGUUAGAAGUAAAAAAAUAGGAUAUAUCUUACUUAGAUCAUUAGUAAAACCUGUUAGUAAAUCAUUAGUCCCAU